AUGGCGGUGGUGGAAAAUGCUGGUGCUAACGUGGCCAAUCGGGCCGACCCGGAUGCCCCAAAAAAUGAAGCCGCUGUGGAUCAUCACCAUCACCACCAGCAGUCUUCCGUUAAUGAGAAGUCAACGAAACCGGCCGACCAAAAUUUCCAUCUGAUGGUUCAGAAAAUAUCUCCUCAACAAUCCAACGGUCAGCUGUACAGUAUAAAUGGAAAUGGAGUGUCAAAGGCUAAUAUUACUAGCAGUAAUAACCAGAGUCAUAAGAAAAUGAACGGUGAAGAUGAUGGGAGUGAGGGGUUUAAAAGAGAGAUGAGGGAUUUGGAGGAAAUGCUGUCAAAAUUGAACCCGAUGGCCCAGGAAUUUGUGCCGCCAUCACUUGGGGCGGGGUACCAUGGUCUGGCUGUGUCGCUGCCACAAGCCUCAGGGCACUUUGUGUAUGAUGCUAAUGGUUUUUUAAUUCAGCAACAUGUCAACUCUGGAGUUCCAAAUGGGAAUUCUAUUAGGAGGAAGAACAGUGGCUAUAGUAAUGGGAAGCGGAGGAUAAAUAGCCGAACAAAUAUGGCACAGCGGGAAGAGGUUAUUAGGAGGACUGUGUAUGUAUCAGAUAUUGAUCAUCAGGUUACUGAAGAGGAACUUGCAGCGCUCUUCAUUGGUUGUGGGCAGGUUGUUGAUUGUCGUGUUACACCACUGGGUUUGAGACAUGAAGGUUUUGCCUUCAUUGAAUUCACUGACGAGGAAGGUGCAAGAAAUGCUUUGAGCUUGGCAGGAACUAUGCUUGGAUAUUAUCCAGUUAGAGUGCUGCCUUCAAAAACUGCGAUUGCACCUGUUAACCCUACCUUCUUGCCACGGUCUGAAGAUGAAAGGAAGAUGUGUGCAAGAACUAUUUACUGUACAAACAUUGACAAAAAGAUUACUCAAGCGGAUAUCAAACUCUUUUUUGAAUCCAUUUGUGGAGAGGUUUUACGCUUGAGGUUGCUUGGCGACUAUAUUCAUUCGACUCGUAUAGCUUUCGUGGAGUUUGUAAUGGCUGAGAGUGCAAUUGCAGCUCUGAACUGCAGCGGUGCAGUCUUGGGAUCACUCCCAAUAAGGGUAAGCCCAUCAAAGACCCCUGUUCGACCUCGUGCACCUCGUCAAGCCAUUCACUGA